GACUCUCUUCUCCUAAAUUAGGGUUUUACAACAAUGUCUCAGCUUUUGUUGUGCCGAAUCUCAAAGCUCUCAUCAGCCCGGAACCAUUUCCUCUGUUUCCGACGGUCAAAAUUCUCUACGGCCACGGCGGCGGCAACACCUUACCUCCUCCUCGGCGACGAUGUUGUCGGAAUAUCUCCUUGCGGUGGAAAAGUUGUCAACUUUAACCUAUACGAUCCGAGGAGACAAGAGCAAGUGAAGAUCGAAAACAAGAUUCUAUCAAAGGAGGUCUAUAAAUCUCGUAGGAUAGGAUCAUCAAGAGGAUGGUUAGCUUUGGUGAACAAGAAAGAUUUAACAGUGCGUCUCACUAACAUCUUAAACCCUUCGAAGAAGAUCAUUUCUUUACCUCCAAUAACCAGAGACAAAUAUGAACACCAUGUUAAUGUCUCUGUCUCAUCUUCAAAUGAAGAAGAUUGUGUAGUCGCCGUCAAGUUUUACGGGUCACGAGUCAGUCUUUGUCGAACUGGUGACUCCGAGUGGACUCGCAUCAACGUGCCUUGCCCAUCUUUCCAUUCUUCUACCGUCAUUUACUCGGAGAGAGACCGGAGAUUUUACUUGAACAAUUGUAACCCUGACUACACUGGUCCAACAGAUUUCACACCGAAAACCGGUUUUCCCACUCCGGUUAGUGGCUACAAGAGAUUCCUCUUCUCUAACUUUCUUGACGAAUUACCAGAGUUGAAGAACGAAAUGCGUCUCUCUCGUUUCAGGAUCCAACAACAACUAGUCGAGUCAGCUUCGGGCCAAUCCUUCAUCGUUGCAUGGUAAUAAAAACCCAUUCUUCUGUCUUUUUCUCUACUUUGUGUUGUUAUAAGGGAUUGAAGAUGAGUUCAUCUGUGUUGUUGUCAGGUUUGUGGAGAGAUUUACGGACAAAGGAGAAGUUGCGACAUGGGGAGACGCACGUUACAUAAACAGAAAAGACCUUUGCAGGAAGACCCACAAGAUCAUGGUGUUUCGGCAAGACGAAGAGCAAGGGAUUGGUCCUUAUACCGAUGACAUUGGCGAUCUCUGCAUUUUCUUGGGCGAGAAUGAAUCUUUCUGUCUCUCUGCCAAGGACUUCCCUGGUCUUAACCCUAACUCUGUCUACUUUGCUGGACAUAGUUCCGGUUUUGGCAUAUGUGAUCUCGCCUCUCGCACCAUACGUUAUCUCUCCGACUCUACUCCACCACCCGGUCGCAUGUUUUGGCUUCCUCCCACAAUGUGCUAAUAAGAGAGAAGGUUUUUGUCUUCAAAUAUCGAUCAUCUCGCAUUAUUAAUAUAGGAUGUGUUUUGUACGAUCAUCAUUAUCCCUAUCUAUCUUUAUGUUGUUGAUUUGGUGUU